AUGUCCGACCCUAAAACCGAGACCGAAGGUGGUCUUCAAAUGAACGGUGAUCUCAUCGAAUCCAACUGGAACCAAGUUGUCGACAACUUCGACAACAUGGACCUCAAAGGUGACCUCCUCCGAGGUGUCUACGCCUACGGUUUCGAGAGACCUUCCGCCAUUCAACAAAGAGCUAUCAUGCCUAUCAUCACUGGCCGAGACUGUAUCGCUCAAGCUCAAUCAGGUACCGGUAAAACCGCUACUUUCUCCAUCUCCAUUCUUCAACGAAUUGACACCACCGUCAAGAAGACUCAAGCUUUGAUCCUUGCUCCUACUCGAGAACUCGCCCAACAGAUCCAAAAGGUCGUUAUCGCUCUCGGUGAUUACCUCAACGUAGACUGUCACGCCUGUGUUGGUGGUACCGCCGUUCGAGAAGAUAUGGCCAAGCUCGCCGAAGGACCUCACGUCGUUGUCGGUACCCCCGGUCGAGUCUUCGACAUGAUCAACCGAGGUGCCCUCAAAUCAGAUGCCGUCAAGAUGUUCUGUCUCGAUGAAGCCGAUGAAAUGCUUUCUACCGGAUUCAAAGACUCCAUCUACGACAUCUUCCAACUUCUCCCUGCUGAGACUCAAGUCGUCCUCCUUUCCGCUACCAUGCCCCCUGAAGUUCUCGAUGUCACCAAGAAAUUCAUGAGAGACCCUAUCAGAAUCUUGGUAAAGAAGGAUGAACUUACCCUCGAAGGUAUUAGACAAUUCUACAUUGCCGUCGAGAAGGAAGAAUGGAAACUCGACACCCUCUGUGAUCUUUACGAAACCGUCACCAUCACCCAAGCCGUUAUCUUCUGUUCUACUCGAAGAAAGGUCGACUGGUUGACUCAAAAACUCCACGAGAGAGAAUUCACCGUAUCUGCCAUGCACGGUGAUAUGGACCAAGCUCAACGAGAGGUCAUCAUGAAAGAAUUCAGAUCAGGUUCCUCCCGGGUCUUGAUCGCCACUGACUUGCUCGCUCGAGGUAUCGAUGUCCAACAAGUUUCUUUGGUCAUCAACUACGAUCUCCCAGCUUCCAAAGAAAACUAUAUCCACAGAAUCGGUAGAGGUGGUCGAUUCGGUAGAAAAGGUGUGGCCAUCAACUUUGUCACUCAAGAUGACGUCAAGAUGCUCAGAGAAAUUGAAACUUACUACAACACUCAAGUUGAUGAGAUGCCUCUCAACGUAGCUGAUCUUAUUUAA